AUGGCGGUUCGGUUUUGUCUCAACGACUUUGGGUUCCAAUUGCCUGACGAUGGGCUGUCCGUCUUCACUACAUUCUUGAAGGUCAAACUCACCUGCAAGGCUCGUAUCCCUUCAUCUGUGCAACAAGAAGAAUUCUACUCUCUUGGCAGGCAAGUACAUUUACAUCAGGAAGACAAUUCAGUAGUCGACUUCGAUUAUAUUGUCGCUAGUGGGAGUUUUGUCGGUGCCGAUAAAGACCUCUACUUUGUCGGUCUCUUUGCACCAAACAAAUUCGACGCACCCCUACAGAGGCUGCAUAGAGCUCUCAAGGUGCCUGAAACGACAAUGGCUCUUUGCAUCUUUCGACAGUCCGAUUUGGAUUCUUUGCUCAAGGAGGCACCGCUGCUUUUUGAGACGCAAAACGAACCAAUCAAAAACCUGCUAGCGGUCAACUCUACGGAGGUGGGAGGAACGAUCGAAUCCUCGAGGUUCAUGAGAAUCAACGCGAGUGAAAAAUAUCUCAAUUCAUUUCAGCAUUGCAAAAGGACAAAGAAGCACUCAACGAUAAGGGGCCUUUUUGUUGAGACGCCUUGGAAGCCGACGGACAAUGGUGAGGCUUUGGCGGUACUUCAAACAAAGGAGCGAUUCGUUGCAAUUCUGGUGGAGAGUGUCGACAGCUUCUCGGAUCUGCCACGGCGGAAAUUGACUCAAGGACGCGCUGUUUGUAUUCUUUACGCUCUUACGGAAUCGUCAAACUUGCUGGUAUUUUUGCUCUCGAAGCGUGAUUUAUUCCCAUUAAAGAAUUCUAAUAGCAAAAACGGCUUCACAAAGACAAUUGCACAGGAUUUACUUCUAACCGGAGGAAUUGAACUGCUCUUCUCUGUGAUGCUAUCACCUCAAUUUCUUUCCUCUUCUAUUAACAUGGAGUUCACGGCUUUUCGGGAGAUCACGAUUGCGGAUGGGCAAAAACUGGGAGUCAUCGAUUUGCAGAACUGCUUCACAGCAUGCCACGACAGCCUCGUAGCCUCUUCCUUACAAGUUUUUAGAGUUCGCGUUCAGUUUCCUUCACAGUGUUCAUGGUGCACGGAGCACCGACUGCACUCUUAUAGUGAUUACCAGCAGGUUUCAUAG